CAUCGGCGCCGCCCCAGGUCCCACGGGCUCGCUCCCCAGGACCCUCCCCCUCAUGGCUGCCCUGCUGCGUGACCCACGCAUCCCGCUCGGAGCAUCCCCGCCGGCGGCCCCCCGCCUGCUUCUGCUCCUGCUCCUCCUGCCCCCUGCCCAGGCUGCCCCCGGGGCCCACGGACGCCCCCUGAGCAAGGUCGUUGCCUUGAACGUGAACGUGAACGUGAACGUGGCCUGUGGUCGCCGUUACAUACAGGGGAAGAUUGUGGGGGGCGUGGAUGUCCUGGAGAGGAAGUGGCCAUGGCAGGUGAGCGUGCACUACAGAGGCUUCCACAUCUGUGGAGGGUCCAUCAUCAGUGAGUACUGGAUCCUGUCGGCAGCCCACUGCUUCGAUAGGGAUAAGAACAUUGUGGCUUUUGACAUGUAUGUCGGCCUGGUGGACCUCAGGUUUGCCAGCAAUCACACCCAGUGGUUUGAGGUGAACAAGGUGAUCGUGCACCCUACAUACCAACUGUACCACCCUGUUGGAGGUGACAUCGCCCUGGUGCAGCUGAAAUCUCGCAUUGUGUUUUCUGACUCUGUGCUCCCUGUUUGCAUCGCACCCCCAGAUGUGAACCUUCAUAAUGUUACUUGCUGGGCUACAGGAUGGGGACUCAUCUCCCCACAAGGCUAUGUCACAGACCACCUGCAGGAGGCGCAGAUGCCUCUCAUCUCAUUGCCACUGUGCCAGCUGCUCUACGGACACCUGUCGUAUAUUAUGUUGGACAUGCUGUGUGCUGGGGACAUCAGGAACGUCAAGACGGUGUGCGAGGGUGACUCUGGGGGUCCACUCGUCUGUGAACUCAACCAUACCUGGUUGCAGGUUGGAAUAGUGAGCUGGGGCCGCGGUUGCACAUACCCUAUGUACCCUGCGGUUUACACUCGAGUCUCCUAUUUCUCAAAAUGGAUCCAUUAUCACAUAAAGAACACACCCCCACCUUCUCAGCCGCUCCCGGCCCUCUCCCCCAUGCUGGGGGCCACCAUCAGCAUCCCUGUGACCAUGCUGGCUGUCCUGUCAACCUUGUGAGGGCUACGGCCCGCAACCUCUGCCCCCGUCCAGCUCAGCCUCUCAGGUUUCCACACACCUGAGCAAGGCGAGGGCCACCAGCCAGGCCCUGAUAUGGGGCCGGGUCUCCGAACAGAAGAGAGGGCUCAGUGCUCUGGGCUGGAUUUGGUAAGAUAUUAAAGGUUUACCAAGCGAGCAUUCCAGAAAUCCUGUGUCAUCUGUCCACCCAGAGCACAGGCUCCCUCACGGAGACAGAGUGUAUCCAUCAGUUGGUGCUUGGUGGCCGUGUCAGGGUGAGAAGCAUAGACCCAGCUGGCCAUCCAGAGGGGAUGGCCACACAAGUGCUGGCGUCCAAGGGCAACUAAAGCCUGGCAGGUGGAGGGCCAUUGUCUCACCUGGUCAGAUCCCCCAAUACCCAAGAUUUUGUAAGUGCCUAGAAUUCCACCAUGACGAUUGGAAGAUGUGAGCUGAAAGUGCACACACAGAAAGAACUAAGAAGAUGAAAGCAGAAGUCCAUGUGCCAAAUGCCAGGAAAAUACCAACAUUCUCAAAAUCUGGUUUUCAAAAAAAAAAAAAAUCAAAAAACAAGAAAUCACUAAUCUAAUGAAGAUAUGAGACCAAAAGUACACAAGACAAGAAAUGACAAG